AUGAUGUACUCACCGGACAAGAUGAUGGGGAGCAAGGGACUCCACGGGGCACCGAUCACUGCCCCGGGCUGUUUCCCUUCGGGAAGAUACUCGCCGCCACCUUAUCGUGCCGCCCCGGAUCCCAUGCCGCCCCCGCCGCGACGAUGUAUGCCAAAUCCAACGAGUCGUAUAUUGGAAGAUGCUUCCAUUAUGUGCAACUCCUGGUCACCAAGGCAUAACGGUGACUUAUUCGGGGGCUUGAACAGCGGUCUACAAGACGGCUUACUUUCGAGAGCGGAGGCUUUGGCUGCGGAUUUGGGAAAACACAACGCUGGCACCCCAAUGCCUUUGAAGCACGACCCUGUCUCCGUCUAUCAUCAUGGAGCCCACAUGCCAACCCCCCAUCCAAAUAACCGGCCGCAUCAUCAGAUGAGCCAUCCGGGGAUGGAGAGUCUGGACAUGCUGGACCCAGCAAAUUCAAUGACCACGUUGACGCCAAUGUCGGAAAACACUGGCGGUGGUCCUGGACACCACGCAGGUAUUCACGGGCCGUCGGUUUACGGGGGCAUGAACGGAAUGAUGGGCCAUCAUCAUCAUCACGGAAACCUCGGCGGGGGCGGUGGGAGCGUGCCACAUCCGGCGCACCAUCAUCCAGCGAUGGCGGCGGCGGCUGCAGCCGCGGCUGCCGCUGGUUUGCAUCCGGACGCGGACACGGACCCUCGAGAACUCGAAGCGUUCGCGGAAAGAUUCAAACAGAGACGCAUUAAACUCGGCGUGACGCAGGCCGACGUUGGAAAAGCGCUCGCGAAUCUGAAGCUGCCGGGCGUCGGGGCGCUUUCACAGUCGACGAUAUGUCGAUUCGAGUCGCUGACGCUCUCGCACAACAACAUGAUCGCCCUGAAACCGAUCCUCCAAGCGUGGCUAGAGGAGGCGGAAGCCCAGGCGAAGAACAAGAGGCGGGAUCCCGACGCGCCUUCCGUUUUACCCGCCGGCGAGAAGAAGAGAAAGAGGACGAGUAUAGCCGCGCCUGAGAAACGAUCGCUGGAAGCGUAUUUCGCCGUGCAACCGCGACCAUCCGGUGAAAAGAUCGCCGCGAUCGCGGAGAAACUCGACCUGAAGAAGAACGUAGUCAGGGUCUGGUUCUGCAAUCAGCGACAGAAGCAAAAGCGCAUGAAAUUCGCGGCUCAACAUUGA